AUGAGGACUCUCUCCAGGCUUCUGCUACUCGGCUUUGUCCAUCUUUGCGUGUCCUUAGAUGAGCAAGAACCUCUAAUCUCUACGCCCUUUCCACACUUGCUUAUUAGAGUCGCUGCACUUGGCGACAGCUAUUCCGCCGGCCUUGGCUCUGGGAAAUUCCUGUCUGACUCAGAAGAUGGCAGAGAUAAUGCAUGCGCCCGUAUGGACGGCUCAUACCCAUGGCUACUUUCCAAGCUAAAUCUCUUCCACAUUGGUCAGGGACAUCUCCCGAGCUUUGUUUCGUGCUCUGGAAACCUGUUGGAGGAUAUUGAUGGUCAGAUUGAGAGACUUGGGGGCAAGAAGUUUGACAUUAUCACUCUGUCUAUCAGUGGAAACGACUUCAAGUUUGGUCAAGUGGUUGUAGAUUGUGUCUAUCCAUACAGGUUUCUCCCUGGAUAUGAUCGAUUUGAGAGAGCCUGUAAUGGGACAUUGACUGAGGCCGAAAAGGUGAUCAAAAAUCCAGCCAAGUGGAAAGAGUUCAGAAACACUAUCAAGAGUAUCGAAUCCAAAGCUUUGGCACCUCACGGGAAAAUAUACAUUACAGGGUAUGCCAAGUUCUUUGCUCCGCCACGCGAAUAUGAUGCCUGUGACAAUACUUAUUUCUUCCCAAGAAGAAUACUUGCCGUCCUGCCGAUGAAAUAUUCAACGCGCUCCAGAAUGAAUGAUCUUGUCGGCUUGGUAAAUGCCCAAAUCGAGACUAAUAUUGCCGGCAGUCUUGAAUCGGCGACCUUUGUCGACAUAGAUGACCACUUCACUGGCAGGCGGUUUUGCGAGCCAGAAAAUGAAGAUGACCUUAUUGGCGCGGACAACCCAAAUGUCUGGUUCAAUGAUCUUACCACUACACUCGAGGAGGACUCUACUUGGAACCCGGAUUCUGUUAGUCGCUGUCCUGAGGAGGAUCCGUGGGCGGCAUGGGCACUCGAUUUGCCGGAAUCAGUUCAAAAUGACACGGAUUUGGUUCCACGAGGCAUUGGGGAUAACCUUCAACGUGCUUCUUCCUUUCAUCCCAAGAAGGCUGCUCAUAUUGCGACGGCAAUCAAAGUGGCAAAUAUGAUCUUCAUCGAUUUUGCU